GCAUGUGGGCUUCCCUUGCUUCACUCACCGGAUAUAUAAAAUCCAUCAAGUUCUCGAAUUUGAUUGAUUUAUACCAAUUUAGAAUCAACCCAAUUGUCUUUUUAAAGAACCCAUCUCUUCUUUUUCUCAAAUGCUUUGGGAUUGACUAGGAAAUAAUAUAUAUAAAAAAGUAGCAAUUGUGAAUGGAAGAGAGCAACGCAAGGAGCAAGUUCAACAGGAUUUGUGUGUUCUGUGGAAGCAACUCUGGCCGCAGAAAAGUAUUCGGUGAUGCUGCUCUUGAGUUGGGCAAUGAACUGGUCAAGAGGAAGAUAGAUUUGGUGUAUGGUGGGGGAAGUGUCGGGUUGAUGGGUUUAAUAUCCCAGACAGUGUACGAUGGAGGUUGCCAUGUUCUUGGGGUCAUUCCAAAAGCUCUCAUGCCUCUUGAGAUAUCUGGUCCAACUGUUGGAGAAGUAAGAACAGUGACAGACAUGCAUGAGCGUAAGGCUUCUAUGGCUCAAGAAGCUGAUGCCUUUAUUGCUCUUCCUGGAGGAUAUGGAACUAUGGAAGAGCUGUUGGAGAUAAUAACAUGGGCCCAACUUGGGAUUCAUAUGAAGCCGGUUGGUUUGCUUAAUGUUGAUGGGUACUAUAAUUCCUUGCUGGCACUAUUUGACAAUGGUGUUGAAGAAGGUUUCAUCAAGCCAUGUGCUCGGCAUAUAGUUGUCUCUGCUCCAACAGCCAAGGAACUUGUGGUGAAGAUGGAGCAAUACACUCCUUCCCAUGAACAUGUUGCUUCUCAUGAAAGCUGGCAAAUGGAGCAACUUGAUUACUCUCAAGCCAAGAAAACGCAAGUGCCAGGGGAGAUGGUCCUACGAUACAGAGGCUUCAUUGGAUUAGGUAGAUGACCGUAUACAACUUUAUAUGUUGGGGAAGCUUUUGAGCUUAGGCAUCCCAGAACUUUUGUUCUGAAGCUUGCACAUUGUACCAUCAGGAGCAAUGUGCCCAAGAAUGCUUCAGAGAAGAUGCGUCAUGUUCCAUUUGGGGAAUUUUUUUAAAAAAAAACAAAACUGCUUGUGAAAUUAGCAUGGAGGUUGAAACAUAUGUGAUCAACU